GUGUCGUGCAAUUUAACAACGGUGAAAGCCUCAGAAGAUUCCUGGUGGCACUUGUGUCAUUUUCCAGAGGACCACUUCAGUUUAUUUAGUGUAAAACCCUUUGUCAUAUCCGUGUGGGACAACCAGAGUAAUACCACUUUAUACUGGCGCAAUCUCAGCCCAGAGCGUGUUGUAUAUGUGGAACCUCCAAUCAAUAUUAAAGUGAUGGAACAAAGAAGCCCCAUGGGAUUGCUGAUCAGCUUUUGGAACCAAGUGAAGGACAAUAAUCUCAAAGAUUGUAUGAUGUAUCAAGUCUCAUAUACAAGCCCCAAAGAGAAGAACUUGAAGACAUUUAACAAGUAUAAGGUGGAUUCAGAGGAUGGUUUGGUGCCGAUUUUCCUUGAUGACAUUCAAAGAGAUACUGAGUAUACAAUCAACGUGAGAAUGAGAGCAGACAGCCCUCACGAUGGGUAUUGGAGUGCUUGGGUCGUCACUACUUAUCAUACAUCCAGUGGGUUUGAUCAGAUUCACAUCGUGUUGUUUAUUUUUGCCGGCGCUGUGGUACUAACUGCCAUCUGCGUGGUGGUUGUUUAUCAAAAAAGUUUCCUCAAGAGUAAGAUGUGGCCAGAUAUCCCAACUCCGGAACACCACUUUAAGGAACUUUAUUCCACCCAUAAAGGGAAUUUCAAGACAUGGCUAGGCCAUACGGACUCAUACCUUAUGUGGAUCUCAAGAAAUAUUUUUCAUGAAGGUCCCAUCACGACACUGGAAGUAUUAUCAGAAUCUCCCAAUGCUCCUCAAUCCCUCUUGCUUCCUGUACCACUACCACCAAAAGACAGUUAUGUUGCUUUGGAUGAGAAUAUUUUACCCCCUUUGAUGUCACGCAUGGUAUCUCAAAGACAAGACGAUGUACUGAGAGCUCAGUCUAUCCCAGCAGAUGAUGGGAAGAUCAUCAGGAGAGAGGGAAAGCCACAAGAGACAGAAGAAAGUCCAAUGGAGCCAGAGGAGAUCAGGCAGCUGACUACUGCAGAGGAGCCAGCCACAUAUGGCACUGAGAUAAUGACAAUAAAAGGUCUACCUAGCUGUAGGACCAUUCUCAGAGAGGACUCUCUACAUUCAGAGGAGGGGAAGCACAGCCCCGCAUCCAGUUUUGAGUACACAGUUUUAGAGACAUGUGAUGGACUUUUAACCCCCAGAACCCGCUCAAUUCCCCUCUCGCCAGCCUCUGAAAUAUGCCUACCUUAUGAUGUCUGAAUCUGGAGAGGAAAGUCCUCCUCCCUCACCGAACAUUUACCAGAACAGCUUCUGUAGUCAAUUUCCUGCCCCUGUUUACUCUCAGUGCUAG